AAACUGAUGCGCAUCUAUUUUGAGGAAGUUUCAAGACAGCUAACGUUGUCUGCUUCAUUUGCACGAUAUUGCUAGCCAGUGUGACUUUCAAGUAACUGUCAAGUUAGAAAUUUACUGUAAAGAUAUAUUAUAUUGAUCACCAAAUGCAAGUUAAUAGGACUGGUUGAGACGUGUCUCACUUUCAGGAUGUUGCUCUGGUUCCUGCUGGGCUUCUUUUGUGGCUGCUCCUCAUUGGCUGCUGAGCCGCAGACAGGAACUGAUGUUAACAGCACUACCCCUCCCCCAGUGCUUCUGGUGUCGUUUGAUGGGUUCCGAGCAGACUACCUCAAGAGAUUCUCCCUCCCUAACCUGGAGAAACUCUACUCCCAGGGUGUCCUAGUGGAACAGCUCACCAAUGUUUUCACCACCAAGACAUUUCCCAAUCACUACAGUCUGGUGACAGGGCUGUAUGCAGAGUCCCAUGGAAUUCUGGCCAGCAGCAUGUAUGACCCGGCGACCCACAAGAAAUUCAGCCCCUCCCAGGAUAGCGACCCAUUCUGGUGGAAUCAAGCGGAGCCCAUCUGGCUCCACGCACUGGAUUAUGGGUUGUCGACGGCGGCGAUGAUGUGGCCCGGUUCUGACGUAUAUAUCAGAAACCGCACUGCCACACACUUCCAGAACUACAAUUCUACCAUGACCUUUCAGCAACGCCUGGGCCUUGUUGUCAAGUGGUUGCUAGGUGAUGAGAAGGUGAAAGGAGUGUCGUUUGCGGCCCUCUACUGGGAGGAGCCUGAUGGGACAGGUCACAAGUACGGCCCUGACAACACCACCGCCAUGGCCCACGCCCUGAAACAGGUGGAUGAGAAUGUGGGUCUUCUGAUGUCAGAGCUGAACAGAACGGGCUUGUGGGGUCGGAUCAACCUGAUUGUGACCAGUGACCACGGCAUGGCCCAGUGUUCCCCCGAACGCAUCAUACGUCUGAACUCCUGUCUUCACCCAGACAACUACACUCUGGUGGACCUGACACCAGUGGCUGCUCUCAUACCCACAAAUGACACAGAAGCUGUCUUCUCCCUGCUGAAGAAAUGCCACCCACACAUGACCGCCUACCGAAAGGAAGCAAUCCCUGAUAAGCUGCACUAUAGGAACAACAAACACAUCCAGCCAAUCAUAUUGGUGGCAGACGAAGGCUGGACCAUCGUCCAGCAAGGCGAGCUACCAAGAUUGGGUGACCAUGGCUAUGACAACACACUUCCCAGCAUGCACCCCUUCCUGGCGGCUGUAGGACCGGGCUUCCGUAGCGGUUACAGUCUCCCUGUGUUACAGAGCGUGGACGUGUACCCUCUGGUGUGCCACCUACUCUCCAUCCCCCCAGGGCCCAACAACGGCUCCCUAGCCCAGGCCUGCUGCCUGCUGUCUGGGGAAAGCUGCUCAUCCCUGACCAUGGUCAUCGGGAUCGUUGUGGGAGUCCUGCUGCUGCUCACCACCUUGACUGGUCUGUUCAUGUUCAUCAAGCCGCGUCCUUCUGCGUCUCGGCCCUUCCAGCGCAUCCAGCUAGACGACGACGAUGAUGACGAUGAUGACCCUCUCUUGGGGUAGCCGGAGGAGCAUCCAUCCCCCAUCCUCCCCUCCAUCCCCCAUCCCCUUCUGCUCCCAACAGCCAAUCAGCAGUCAAAGGGAAUGUAGUCGAGGAGCUGAGAGACUGAUCAGUAACUAAGAGCUGCUGUGGAUUGUUUCAGUAGGCACUGUACAGGUAGGCUUAGCAACUGUAGUCUUGGCAACAAUGGUCUACUUUGAUGUUACUGUCCUGCUGCAGACUGGACACUUUAAAAAGUGUGUGUGUAUGUUACUGCGUGCAUGGAGGGAGGGAGGGGUGGUCGCGUGUGUGUGUGUGCAGGGGGGGGGGGUUCUUUUAAUGUUGAGUCAAUCUAGAAGGUACUCACUUUGCCUCCAACCAGACAUCUGAAUUACUUGAAUAUGCUACUGAAGAAAAGCCAUCUAAAAUUAUAUGAUUAGGAGAUGCACUCCAGACAAAAUGUAUAUGUAUGUAUGUUCUUUUAUUUCUGUUGAUGUAAUGAUGUGACAUCAAAAUUCUUCCAUUUGUGCUUUCAUUAUUCUUUGUGAGGCUAUUUAUUUGGGUUGAAUAGUUACUGCUUUCAUUGUGGAAAACUACUGAUAAUAUUGAAUGUACAUAUACCAGUAGGUUGUUGAGGUCUAUUAUUUAGUAUCCAGACAUUUUUGAGGUAGGUUCAUAAUGUCUAGCGUCUAAUGUUUAUCCUUCUUUGGAUUGUUUGUUUUGGGAAAUAAUGUUCCAUGUGUUUCUGAGUUUUAUCACAAGAGGGAACCAGGGUUCCAGACUGUUCUCCUGAGCACAAGUCAGAGAGGGGGGGGUUCAACUAAGAGAAUAUUGCUAACCCAUUAUUUAGCCAGCCCCACACCUUACAGAGUAACGGUAAAUAUUCAAACUAUCAAGAUACAGUUGGGAGAAACGGUCUCUCAAUUGUAUUGUUACGAAUAUGCAACAACUGUCUAGUGAGUUCAUUAAAGGAAAAUGAGCAGAUGUUUAUGGUUAAUUGAACAUCUAUACUGUCUGUCUAGAUUAAGGACACCAGGAAUGUAUCUUCUACCAGUAUAUUAAUGCAGUGUAUUUGUGGGUGGUUGGCCUUUUAUUGGGUAUUAUUUACUGUUGUUGACGUUUUUAUUAGUGUUAAUGGUUUUCCAAUCAACUGUUAGUUUUUUUUUGUCUUUGUCAGUUUGCGUGAGUGUUGGGUACUGUUAUCAAGGCCAGGAGAGUUGUUAGAUACUCUAAAUAGAGGCAGUAUUUUCCAUUGAUUGCUGUGAAAUUCUCUAAUCACAUGACUGGUGUUUUUUGCUGCCUUGUUUGUAAUGCAAUGGUAAAGUAAGUGGUGUGUGUUUGUGUGUGUACACACCAAAGAAGCCAGUCUGUGACCAUCUAUGUCUGCCAUCCAGCUUUUUUAUGGCCUCUAUUAUGCACAGUAUCCCAGUUCAAAAUACGGCACCUUACCCACAGUAUGGCUGGGACUCUUGAUGGUACAUUGGCUGCCGGUUCUGGUUCUCUGUGCCAGCAGAUUCAUACAUGUUGAAUCACACGGGUGUCCUGUUACUAUGCAAAACCUGGUCUGUCAUCUUCCUCUGGGGUGAUUCUGAACAGACAUUAGUCAUCUGGUGUGUGUUUUGUUUGUGGUGUCAAACAUCACAAUAUGACACCAUAAUUGAAAGAUAACACAAUGAUUGAAUAAAUAUGAAAUAGACUUCA